CGCUCUGUCCGAAGCGAUCGCGCCUAUCGUUAUCUGACUUGUUUUCGAACCAGCGGUUGUAAGUGGUAAAAAAUUUACUUUUCCAAUAUUUACUGAUAGAGCUGAGACAAGACCUCGCUACAAUGACAUGGCUCCUUGUAAUUUUUUUCCUGGUGAUUCAUGUCUGCGAUACAGUUGUCUCUUGUCCCGCUAAUGAAGAAUUGGGUGUCUGUGACGGCGGAGGUCUUUUCCCGCAAAACUACUGCGACGGAGUCGCCUAUUAUAUAGAAACAUGGACAUGUAAACGAAGAAAAAAGUCAAGAUGUGUGUGCAAAGGUCCACUUUGGAGAAAUAAAAACGGCAGAUGUGUCCGCAAGGAUGACUGUGAAACUCACAGAAGAGAAGUCGUACAAAAACCGGAACGACCACCAGCAAGAAAGCCUCAGGGCUCCCCGAAUAAAACACCUGAAAAUCUGAAGCCUUCUCCCGAAUACGUCGAUAGUGUCCUGAAGUUCAUUCGAAAGAAGCAAACCAUAUAUCUUUUGAUGGGUAUAAGUGGCCACUUACCUAACAUCUUGAGCAAAAUCGACAUUUGUUUGAGGUCGGCUUAUAUUACGGACUUCGACUCUGGAGCUUUACGCACUUUGAGUGGUUACAAAGAUGUGCAGCUGAUAGGCAAUCACGUUACCAUGACAACAAAACAUGCACUAGCAGAAUUUUUCCUGGGUGGCCCCGAGCACGGAAAAGUGGUUAUUAAUAUCAAGCUUGAUGAAACUGAUAUUCCAGCAGGGUCAAGUUCGAUGGAUAUACAAGAAAAAUUUUAUGUUCUGGACGUGCAAGAUGACUGCUUACUUCUAGCUUACGGAUCCUGGAGUUCACAUAUGACGUGCUUGUCGUUCGGUUUUGAUCCCGAGACAAAAAAAUGCCAUGAAAGUGCGAAGCGUGGCUGCCGCAGUGAUAUGACAGAAUUUUUGGGAGAAAGUGGAUCAUGCCGUACCAGUGAGGUGGACUUCAAAGAAACAAUAUCUGAUGACCUGGAACAAGCACACGGAAUAAGUACUCUUAAAGAAGUUGUCAAUGCACAGAUAACAAUUAACACUGUUGAAGAAUUUCUUCAGAGUGAAGGAAAAAUUUACCUACAAAAGGUACACCAGGAUGAUUGGAUGAAAACGGAUUGCGAGUGUGUCCAAUCUGCAUAUGAAGUUUCGACCCUGAGUGGUUCCUACCGCACCUUGGAAUGCUCGUGGUCCACCAAAAUGAAAACAGAAUACCAAAGGACGAAAAUAGAAGGGAGGGUUGAGUUUCUAGCAAGCACAGAAGAUGGUCUGAUCACUGUUGAGGCGAAGCCUAUAGUAGGACUUGAACCUUUAGAAGGCAAAUCAAGCGUAGUUAUUCCUCCUUGCACAGUUUUAGAAGCAAGUGCAAAUUGUGUGCUCCUGUCAUAUGGACAAUCGGAUAAUGGAAAGCAAAAGUGCUUGUUAUUGGGAUUAUCGAGCAGGACUGUGGACACAACUACUCAGUGCAAUAAGAAACUGGAGUCGGUGUGCACCGCCCUAAUGUCUGACUUGACGGAAUCGCACGACCCGUGUGAUCAUUAUGAAGAGGAAGAAUGAUCAAGUGGAAAAGCAUGGCAAGAGAACAUUCAUGUGAAUAAACUCAU